AUUGGCUGUCUACUGCUUGAAAGACGCCUACCUGCCUCUACGGUUGUUGGAGAAACUCAUGUGUAUUAUCAAUUACAUGGAAAUGGCAAGAGUUACUGGCGUCUCGUUGGGGAGCCUUCUAACCCGCGGGCAGCAGAUCAAAGGUUCUCAGCUACUGAGGAAGGCAAAAGAACAAGAUUACUUGAUGCCAACCUACCAGAGUCGUGUUCAAGACGAUCAAUUCGAAGGUGCAACCGUUAUUGAGCCGAAGAAAGGUUACUAUGCGGAUCCCAUUGCAACACUCGAUUUCAGUUCGCUGUAUCCCAGUAUCAUGAUGGCUCAUAAUCUUUGCUACACCACUUUGCUGCAAGGAAAUAACAGAGACCAACUUGGUUUGACUCCCGACCAGUAUUCGAAAACACCAGCCAACAACUAUUUUGUGAAAGCAUCAGUGAGGAAAGGUUUGCUGCCUGAGAUUCUGGAAAGUCUUCUGUCAGCGCGUAAAAAGGCAAAAGCUGACUUGAAAAAAGAAACAGAUCCAUUCAAACAGAAAGUGCUAGACGGACGUCAGUUGGCCCUGAAGAUCAGUGCCAAUUCUGUAUAUGGAUUCACGGGAGCCCAGGUCGGCAAGCUGCCGUGUCUCGAAAUUUCUGGUAGUGUGACGUCAUAUGGCCGUGCUAUGAUUGCAACCAAACAAGAGGUGGAGCAGCGCUACUGCAUUGCUAAUGGAUACAAGCAUGACGCGAAUGUAAGUCAUUAUGGUGAUACAGAUUCAGUUAUGGUUAUUGGAGUGAAAACCCUUGAGGAAGCUAUGGAACUGGGUAGAGAAGCAGCUGAAUACGUCACACAGAAAUUCAUCAAGCCUAUCAAAUUAGAAUUCGAAAAGGUGUAUUUCCCGUAUUUGCUGAUCAACAAGAAAAGGUAUGCUGGCCUCUACUUCACUCGAACUGAUACGUAUGAUAAAAUGGAUUGCAAAGGUCUUGAAACAGUUCGAAGAGAUAACUGUCCUCUAGUCGCUAACAUGUUGAACACCUGCCUGCAAAAGUUAUUGAUCGACAGAGAUCCGGAUAGUGCUGUGAAUUAUGCAAAACAAAUCAUCAGUGACCUUCUGCGCAACAACAUUGACAUAUCUCAGCUUGUGAUCACAAAAGAACUGGCCAAAUCGGACUAUGCUGCGAAACAGGCUCAUGUCGAACUGGCCAAUAAAAUGAAGAAACGAGAUCCUGGAAAUGCUCCCAAGCUUGGUGAUCGAGUGCCUUACAUUAUCAUCUCGGCAAGCAAAGGAACACCAGCUUACCAAAAGGCCGAAGACCCAAUAUAUGUUUUGGAAAACAGUAUACCUAUCGACUCGAACUAUUAUUUGGAAAACCAACUGUCCAAACCUCUUCUGCGUAUUUUCUCUCCAAUUCUCGGUGAAAAGGCUGAAUCAAUUCUUCUACGUGGUGAUCAUACAAGGACAAAGGCAGUUGUAACAUCGCGAGUGGGUGCUCUAGCCGCCUUCACCAAGAAGAAGGCCACCUGUCUGGGCUGCAAAAGUGUACUUCCCACCGCCGAAGAACAUUCGCCACUUUGCAAGUACUGUCUCAAAGAUGAGGCGAAACUCUAUCAGAAAGAACUCACCAAGUAA